CACGAUCCAACCCGUGUUUCAAUCCACCCGUCCUCCAUUUUUUCAUUUUUUCCUCCAUUUUUUCUGUUCUGGGUAUCCGCUGGUGCUGGUGGUCAUAUUGCCAGCCCUAGGAACGAAGGGAAUCGUAAGUCUGAAGCUUUGAACUGCUAAAGAUCCAAGGAAAUACAGAACGAACUACGAAGGGGACGUGCGGUCUGCGGAGUGCCAAGUGCGGAAUACCGAAGACGGGAAGAAAAAGCGGCCGACGACCGGCACCAGCCAGCGCCAGGCUCCAGGCCUCCAGCCUGCCACCACCGCACCACGCAGCAACGCCCAGCUUGAUCGGGAGUGACCGCCUCCAGCCUCCAGGACCACGACAGCACCAGUCCGGCAGUCCACUGUCCAGCCGCUACCCGCAGUAACAGGUGUCCGGGUCCCCAUUUCUCAGGACCGGCCCUGAUUUUCCCUACUUCUUAGCGAAAGAUAACAUCCAAAACCCCAUCAAGCUCGCUGCCCACGCACAGAAAGCUUGAAACCUGAAAACCCAGCUUGAAGACCUCACCUUGUAGAGGACCGCUUGAUAUCUCUAGUCAUGUUGGCGUUCUAAUUAUGGAUGACCAUACUUUACCAGCCAAAAUCGACAAAAGGGUUCUAAGUGCACACUUUUGCCAACCCUGAACUGCAGGUGCAUAGGUCGGACAUAUGAAUGGCGUGGAGAGUUUUAGAGAAAAAGGUUAUAUUUUUUUGCUUCAAGAAAACAUUGACAGUGACAUCAAAACAGGCAGCAGCCUCAGUGUCCUCCAAUCUUAAUGAGGCAAUAAAUUCACUUACUCUUUUGUCUAAGAUUACAGAGGGAUAUUCCCCAAGUCCUGUGUUAUUGGCAGAAAAUGCCGCCAUCUGGUCCAAUAAGACAUUUAUAAGGACUUUUCAUGCCACUCCAAAAGCACUUGAUAGGAGAAUGGAUGAUGAAGCAUUGGGAUUGAAGGCUAAAAAGAAAGGAAAGUUCAAGAAAAGGACAAAAAGUACUGCCCCGCCUGUUGAAAAACCUUACAUACCUCCUAAACUUAAAACAGCUGGCAGCUCAUCUUAUGAAAGAACAGUUGACAUAUUCGAAGGAAUGACGACUGUUGAGCUUUCCAAGCAAUGUGGAAAACCAAUAUCUGUUGUUCAGGAUAUGCUUCUGAAUGUGGGGGAGAAAAUUGAAUCAGAAUUUAAUCCUCUCAGUAUUGACGUUGCUGAGCUGGUUGCAAUGGAAGUAGGAGUGAGGGUCAGAAGGCAGCAUUCGGACGAAGGUGCUGAACUUCUACCACGUCCUCCAGUUGUCACAGUGAUGGGCCAUGUUGACCAUGGAAAAACAUCACUUUUAGAUGCUCUGAGACAAACAUCUGUGGCAGCUAAAGAAGCCGGAGGCAUAACUCAGCAUUUGGGUGCAUUUGUUGUCAACAUGACCUCAGGUGCAUCAAUCACAUUUCUUGAUACUCCUGGCCAUGCUGCUUUCAGUGCAAUGCGAGCCAGAGGUGCAGCAGUGACAGACAUAGUUGUGUUGGUAGUGGCUGCCGAUGAUGGUGUCAUGCCUCAAACUCUUGAAGCAAUCUCUCAUGCAAAAGCAGCUGAUGUGCCGAUUGUUGUUGCAAUUAAUAAAUGUGAUAAGCCUGCAGCAGACCCAGAGAGGGUAAAAGUCCAGCUUGCAUCUGAAGGGCUUCCCUUGGAAGAGAUGGGUGGAGAUGUUCAGGUUGUUGAAGUUUCUGCAGUAAAUAAAACUGGUUUGGAUAACUUAGAAGAGGCUUUGCUUCUGCAGGCUGAGUUUAUGGAUUUAAAAGCGCGUAGUGAUGGGCCAGCUCAGGCUUAUGUAGUUGAAGCAAGGCUUGACAAGGGACGGGGUCCAUUAGUUACUGCCAUAGUGAAAACAGGAACGCUGGUUUGUGGCCAGCAUGUUGUCGUAGGUGCGGAGUGGGGGAAGAUAAGGGCUAUCAGGGAUGUCGCUGGAAAAUGGGCGGAUGAGGCCAAACCUGCCAUGCCUGUCGAGAUAGAAGGGUUGAAAGGGCUACCCAUGGCUGGUGAUGAUAUUGUCGUGGUUCAUUCUGAGGAAAGGGCAAGGAUGCUUAGUGAUGGAAGGAAAAAGAAAAACGAAAGAGAUAGACUAAAUAAGCAGGUAGCAGAUAGAUCUAUGGAGGAGCAAGACGAGGAUGAUUCAGAAGAUCCAGAAGCACAGGAGGGAAACAAACAAAAGCCGAAAAGGGUGGAAAUGACAUUCAUAGUUAAAGGAGAUGUUCAAGGCACUGUUCAAGCUGUCACAGAUGCACUGAGGAGCUUGGAUAGCCCCCAGGUCAAUGUGAUGGUUGUCCAUGGUGGUGUUGGGUCCAUCUCUGAGUCUGAUGUAGAUUUGGCACAAGCUUGUGACGCAUGUAUUGUGGGCUUCAAUGUUAAAAGCCCACCUACUUCUCUAUGUCAGGAAGCAAACAGAGCUGGCAUCAAGAUAAUAUUGCAUCGCGUGAUAUAUCAUCUACUGGAGGACAUAGGGAAGUUGAUUGUUGAAAAAGCUCCGGGGACUUUGGAGACAAAGGUAGCUGGAGAAGCACAGGUGUUGGGUAUCUUUGAGACCAAAGGGAGGAGUAAAGCCAAGGGAGAUGAUGUGAAGAUUGCUGGGUGUAGGGUGACAGAUGGCCGGAUAACGAAGUCAUCAUCAAUGAGGCUCCUGAGGAGUGGUGAAGUUGUUUUUGAAGGGUGUUGUGCAUCAUUGAAGCGGGAAAAGCAGGAUGUGGAGACCGUUGGGAAAGGUUCUGAAUGUGGACUAGUCAUCCGCAAUUGCUUCGACUUCCAGGUAGGUGACAUCAUCCAGUGCUUAGAGGAAGUGAACAGAAAACCGAAGUUCGUUUCAUCUGAAAGUGGAGCCGUCAGAAUAGAGUGCUAAAUUGCCAGUAUAUUGUUUUCAUUACUCAAUGCAAUACAUUCUCUGGAGCUUUUGCAAUUUUGACUAGUAGAUGACUUCCCCUGACAACUUAAUUUAAUCAAAUCAUUUUAAAGGUACAGGUUGAAGCAUUUGCUAUCACAAUAUAGAAACACUAUAAAACAUGUUCAUAUUCAUUACUUUCCUAAUUUGUAAAACAAGAUUAUUUGAAAUGAAAUCAUACCAUUUUGUCAAGUA